UAUAAACAGAUUUGGUGCUACAUUUUAUCAAACUGAUCAUUAUUAUGUUAUACAUAUUAUGCAGCAUUUUUCUUUAAAACAGUACUUAACAGCUUCUGGAAGCCCAAAUUGGGUGAAGUGCGUUGAUGCGGCCAGAAAUCUGUCCUGAUGUUUUGAUGGACGAUGAGAUCCAUCCCUGCCUCUGCAGGUCAUGAGGAACACCGCAUGCGGUGUGAGCGGAGAACCUAGCUCUCACAGAGAAGAAAAGUCUCAAGAACAAGCCGACUCAGCACUCUGAACUCACUGAUGUACCGCAGUACAGAGAGCGAGAGAGAGGAUGGGGCUGUGGAAACAUGCUGUGCAUCAUCCUCCUCCUCCUCCUCCUCCUCAUGAGUUCAGCUACAGCAGCGACGCAGUGCAGGAGCGCAGCGCGCGCACAUCCACCGCACUAACCUACAAGACUGAAGAAUCCGGCGACAGCACACACAAUUAACCCGCGCUGCAUUCGAUAUGUAAAGUUUCUCUGAUUAAUGUCUACAUUUUGAACGUUUCAGUGAGCAAACCGGUCAUCAUAAAUCCGUUACUGGAGUUCCCUCAAGGCGAAAUUGAACAUUUACACAUGCGCUCGUGCGCCCUCACGGUCCAGCACGUGCUGCAAUAAUGCGCCACUUUCACUGAUGACGCGCACCAGUCUCUUCAUACUCAUUUGAACGUCGCUACCUCUUCUUCGCUAUUUUGAUUUUAAUUGUAUAACCUUUUGAUUGUUCUCCCUUCAGCGAGGCACUCUGAAACAGCUGCUCGAGAAUGUCUGCUGCAGAUGAUGCCAACCCAGCAGGUGCUCCUGGAGGAGCAGGUCCUCCUGCUCCGCCUCCAAACACCACCAGCAACCGCCGACUGCAGCAGACACAAGCACAAGUGGAGGAGGUGGUGGAUAUCAUGCGUGUGAAUGUGGAUAAGGUUCUGGAGAGAGACCAGAAGCUCUCUGAGCUGGACGACAGGGCAGAUGCUCUACAGGCCGGGGCGUCACAGUUCGAAAGCUGUGCUGCCAAACUGAAGAACAAAUACUGGUGGAAGAAUUGCAAGAUGAUGAUUAUUAUGGGUGUCAUUGGCGUCAUCUUCAUUGGAAUCAUUUUCUUGUAUUUCUUCUCUUGAGCCGAUCCACCUGCAACGAACGAGAAAAUGAAUGAGUGAAUGAAGAAAACACAAUCAUGAGCUCUGCCCAUUUUCCACAUCCUUCUCGCUUCAAUUUCAAGGUCUCUCCAUUUAGUCAUUUUGCACCUUGGUGUGACAGUAAUACACAGAAAUCUGCUCUCCUUUAUCCUCUAGCAGAAUGAGCACAUUUCUGUUUCUCUCUCUCUCUCGUUCCCUCCCUUCCAGAAUCUCCUGCAUUACUGAAAUGUUCUGCAGACACGCAGACAUUCAUACAUGAAUGCACAGAGAGAGCAGAAGAAAAACAGACUAAGAAUAAGUGGGAGAGGUCAGGAAGAAAGAAAUGUGGUGACUUGUGAAAGGAGAGAGAGUGCUCAUGGGAGGAGGCGUACAUUACUGUUUAAAAGUUUGAGGUCAGAAU